AUGUGCAGGGCCGCAGCGAGGCAGGGCGCGGAUUUCAUCGAGUGCGACGUGGUGGUGACGGCAGACCUGACGUUGAUAUGUCGCCACGAGCCAGUGCUCGACUUCACCUCGAACGCAGCGGACGUCCCGCACAUCGCAGCGCGGGCCCGCGAUGCCGAGAUUGACGGGGAGCGAGUGCACGGAGUCCUCGCGUCCGACCUCACGAGCGAGGACAUCAGGGCCCUGCGCGCCCGGCAAAGGUUUGCGUUCCGGCCCUUGCGCUGGGACGAUCAGUUCCGCGUGGCGACGUUCGCGGAGUACCUCGAGGUGGCGAGGAACGCGACCCGCGAGCUGGGGCGCCCCGUCGGCGUGGCGCCGGAGCUGAAGCACCCCGCGUGGCACAACGCGCUGCCGGCGUUGCAGGAUGCCGGCGCGACGAUUGAGGGACUGUUCCUGGACGCGCUGCGCAAGGGUGGCUUCGGGGAGCACGCCUACGGGACGGAGGGGUGGCGGCGACGACCGGCGCUGGUCCAGUGCACCGAACCAGAGUCCCUGCGGCGACUGAAAGCAAUGAGCCAGGUUCCUGGUGUGCAGCUGGCGGAUCGAGGCAACGCUUCUGCGAAGAUGUUAACGGACGCGGGGCUGCGAGACGUGGCCAAGUACGCGAUCGUGCUCUCCCCGGACAAGACGCUGCUCGUGGAGUCCGACGGGGGCGGGCGCGGCGCGGACGACCUCGGACACGAACACGUCACGGGCAUCAGUGACCUGACCCAGCGCGCACACGCGGCGGGGCUGCUGGUCGUUCCCUGGACGUUCCGCAACGAGAGGGAGUUCACGCCGAUCACAUGGCAGCACGAUCCGUGGAUGGAGUUGGCGAUGUUCUACGAGGUGCUGGGCGUCGACGGAGCGUUCACGGACUUCCCCGGGACACACACGCGCUUCGUCGACAGGACCUGGGGCGAGGCGCUGGGGCCCAGGGCCCAGCGCAUGCCCUCGAACCGCCUGGCAGCGUGGCUCCCGUGGGCGGAUGCCGGAGCUGCGCACGACCCCACUUGA